AUGGGGUCGUGGCGCUUUUGCGUCCUCCAAGGCGCGCGCUUGCGCUGGUACCGCACGCAACAGGCCGCCGAGACCGACUCGCAGCUGCGGGGCGAAGUGUGGGUCCAGAGCCUCGAGCCCUGGGACGGCCGCAGCGCCUUCGCCCGCACGUACGCCAACGCGUUCGCCGUCCGCACGACGUCCAAGCGGCUGCUGCUCUGCGUGGCGCAGACGCCGCUGGACGCCGCGCGCUGGCGCCACGCGCUCGAGACGGCGUUGCAGCAGUCCAAGAGCGCGUCGCAGGUCCUCAUGACGCACGCGCAGGACGACGGCGGCCGUCGGAUCGUCCCGUCGGACCUGCGGCGGCGGCCGCCAACGCCGUGCGCGUUCCCCGACGAGCGGCCGACCGACGCGCCGUCGUCGGUCUCGAGCGGCUCGGACCACGACCACGUGCGGACGCAGGUGCGGACCGCGUGCGGAGACACGGGCUGCAGCACGUGCGGCUCGCGGUUCCGGUCGCUGGUCGUGCGGCGCGUCGUCUGUGGGUCGUGCGCCCGCGCGUUCUGCGCAAAGCACUGCAGCGUCGGCACGCGGCUCGAGCACUUGGGCUUGCGGGCCGUGCGGCGCUGCUGCGACCACUGCGUGCAGCGGCAGCAGUUUAUCCGGCACUUGAAGACCAUGACGCGGGUCUUGGGUCCGAUCGCCAGUCGAAGCGUCUCGAUGGAUGACCUCGUGGCCCGCGCGGACGAACCGGGGGCUGUGGUCGUCGACAUGAAGGGUCGAGAUGAGGUGCUUGCGCCCGUGCUGGAGAAACUCCGUCGUCGACCGAUGACGCUGAACCGCACGAUUAAGAUUUUGUACCAGACGCGGAAGAAGCCGCAGCUGUUUCGCGUGGCGUGCGAGCGACUGCCGUUUUACACGGAGACGUGCGUCGAUCGACUGGAGAAUCUGUGGUACCAGCUGCUGCACCUCGUGCAAUGUCUGGACGCCGAGCCCAAGCCGCGCUGUGCCCUUCAGCUCUUUUAUCUGCAACGCUAUAUCCGGGCUAUAUGUCGUCGAUGCCCCCGCAUUGCUCUGCAGACGAUUUGGCACGUCCAGGCAUCUGCAGCUGAUGGCAAGUGCCAUAACCUACAUCCGCACACGUUGCUGUCGCUGCUUGGAUUUAUCUACCCGAACACCACUUUGCCAGAGAGCUCGCACAUGUUUAGUGUGUGGAAGGACAUUGUCUUUGCCGACUGUCCUGAACACCAGCUCGCGCAGAUCUUGGCUGACUUGAGACAAGUGAACGCCGACAUGGAAAAACUUAUUGCACUAGAGCCGGAUUCGAUGAUGGAGCGAUGGCUGAAUGCCACAACGCGGUCACAAUUUGAAAGUUGUGCUGCGGAGUUGGCGGCAUCAGGCAUUGAACUGUGCGAAUUUCAGUCGAGUAUCCUGUAUGAUUCGUUGGAGAUUGAAGGAAGCAGUCUAUCCGAUGAUUUGCCGGGGUCUGGGAUCAAUUCGCUGGUUCUCGAACAAGUUAGUUUUGUGCAGUCGUUGGCGGCCAUCAGCGAACGGCUUCGUCACAUCCAACCUGUAUCAGACCGUGGCAAGUAUUUAGCUGGCGAGCUGGAGAUACUUAACAGUACCCUCCGAUCAUCGGCACUAUACCCUCUCAGUGCGGCAUCCGAUGAGCUGUACCGAGUGGUGCGCAUCCCGCCAGCAGAAGGCAAAGUGUUUUCUACCAAGAUGCGCGCGCCAACUCUCAUCUUUGUCGAGACAGUUCCACUACAAAGUGCUGGUGCGAUAGGCCUUGAUGACUGCGAUAGCGGUCGUCUCCGUCCGUUCGUAUUCAGUUCCCAGCCUUGCAACUCUACGUUUUUCGAGUCAGCAGUUUUUGACGAGAACGAAGUCUCUGGCGUUUCGUUAAGCGGGGAAACGAUGAUGUCGCCGGGCAGCAGUUCAACAGUAGCGUUCAUGACACCAAUGAGCACAGUUGCUGAGCCCGUCAGUUGUCCGAUUGAUGUGGCCCGUUACCAGGAUAGCACUGUAUCAGCCGGCACCAAUGGAAAGGUGAAUGGUUGUUCUGACAGCGCUUCAUAUCUGCGUACGAACACAGAAUGCAACGGGCAAGAAGCGCCCGCGUCGGCUACUGGCAGGCGCCAUACAAGCAUAAUGCCCCACCUUCCGCAACCCAGUCGCGGCUGCAAGAUGGGAGUUGGAACUCGUGCUGGGCGCUUGGGCGCUGAGAGCUUUGUGUACGACAGCAAAGUGUUUGGUGAGAGCUGGGAGGAGCGCAAAGCGCGUAUUCAGAGCGAGUCGCCGAUGGGAAAAAUGCCUGGGUGGGACCUUUUCUCUGUGAUCAUAAAGACAAACGAUGACUUGCGUCAGGAGGUGUUUACCAUGCAGCUCAUUCACAAACUCAAGUCCAUCUUCGAAUUUGAGGCGCCGGAAUUGUGGCUGCGCACGUACCGAAUCGUUGCCACUGGAGCCAACAUUGGUCUACUAGAGACAAUAACCGAUGCUUGCUCGCUGGACCACCUCAAGAAGACGUUUCCCGGCGGCGAUUUAUCCGAGUAUUUCCGAAGUGCGUAUGGCGACGUGCUCAGUCCGGAGUUCAUUGCUGCCCAGCGUCGGUUUAUUGAGAGCUUGGCAGCGUAUUCCAUUGUCAGCUAUGUGCUACUGCUCAAGGACCGUCACAACGGCAACAUUUUGCUCAGCUCGGAGGGUCGUAUAAUCCAUAUCGACUUUGGCUUCAUUCUAGGCAUUGCUCCUGGUGGCAUGUUCAGCGUCGAAGAUGCACCGUUCAAGUUGACAAAGGAAAUGGUGGAUGUGAUGGGCGGUGUAGGUUCUACGGGCUAUGCACACUUCCGUCAUUGUCUGGUGAAGGGCUUCGUGGCUCUUCGAAAGUAUAGUUCCGAGAUUACCGCGUUGCUGCAGACCACAGGGCAGCACUCUCCGUUUCCCUGCUUUCACGGCGCAAAGUUGGGGCGCAUUGUUGCGGACCUGCGCACACGUUUGUGCGUCGGAUGUUCACGACGAGACAUUCGUCACCGCGUGGACCAGCUGAUACGCAAGAGCUACAAUGCUUGGGGGACCCGGCAGUAUGAUUCGUUCCAGUUGCGUAGCAAUAAUAUCCACCCGUAG